AUGUCGGCGAUGGAAGCACGUCGGCAGCUGGCCGAGCGCAAGGCCAAAGCGCAAGCUGAAGUUGAGGAGGAGAAGCAGAAAAGAGAGCAUGACCGCAGAGAAAAAGAGAGAAAAAAGAAGCGCAAAGAAAAGUUCAAAGAAGAAGAGCGCCUGCAGCUCUUGUACAAGGAGAUGGAAGAAGCGAAGAAAUUGACUUGGGAGCAGAAGGUUGAGCGAGAAUGGUUCGCUCUGGAGUUUGCUCCACCAGAGGUCAAGGACAACAGAGAGGUGGCGCUUUGUGCCAUCAAUCAAUCUGGUUUGGCACUGCAGCAUUGCUCCGUUGAACUCAAAGAGGACAAAGAGAUGAUUCUCCUCGCUUGCGCCAACAGUUUCGGAGAGGCGUUGAAGUAUGUGGAUGAGUCCUUUUACCGGGAGAGGGACUUCAUGGUUGAGGCUGCACAAGCACACGUUCAAAGUCUGAAGUAUGCGGACAUUGAACUUCGUGAAGAUGAGGACUUUAUUCGUGAAUGUAUGGAGAAAUCCAGCUGGUUGGCCUUGGGCUAUGCAGACAAGGAUCUGUUGAGCAACGAGCGACUGGUUCUGGAAGCGUGUCGUCUUGGUGGAUUGGCUCUCCGAUAUGCUGCCAAAGAGCUGCAUGAGGAUCACUUCAUUUGCCUCACCGCGGUGAAGCAAGACUGGAGGGCCAUGCAAUUUGUGGCCAAAAAGCUGCUCUACGACUUGGAGCUGGCUGAGGCGGCGGUGAAACAUACCUGGCAUGCCUUUGCAUGUCUGCCGGACAAACUCCGUGCCAAUCGCAGUCUUGCGCAUGAUGCUGUUGCAGACAGCUGGUGUGCGCUGAAAUUCUGUUCUGCCGAAUUGAGAGCUGAUCGAGAGCUGGCGAAAGCCGCGCUUCAGCAAAGCUGGAAGGCCCUAGAGAUCAUGGACCCUGCCCUGCGCAGUGACAAGGAGUUUGCCAUGAUGGCUACACGCCAAAACCCAGAGGCACUGAAGCUUCUGCCGCCAGAGUUGAUGGCUGACAGGGAGGUGAUCCUGGAGGCGGUGAAGCAAAACUGGCAGGCGUGGAGCAUGGCUUCAGUUGAGCUUCGUGAUGAUGAAGAACUGUUGCAGAUUGCCAUGGACCAGAACGUCCACGCGCUUGAAUUUGCCUCCGAGCGUAUCAAAGCGGACGUCGCGAAUGUUGAGACCGCCAUGCGUGGAGACUGGGUUGCGGUGCAGCAUACUGUCCAACCCCUCUUCCCAGAGUGGGUGCAUGAUGGGUUGAGCCAUCCUUAUUGGAUUUCCAUCACCGAGGGUCCCGGCAAGUCAGUGCGCAGAAGGAAGAAACCUGGUUUCAAGACAGUGGACGACGUUUUGGACCACUUUCGAGUGGACGAAGCCAUUUGGCGCGCAUUUGAGCGUCAAGUCGGAAGCCCUGGCAGUGAUUUGCGGCUAUUGGCGUCUUUACCACAGGUGGCCUUGGUGACAGGGUGCAACAACGCACUUACAGACAAUGGGCCGUUUUCCCCUAUUGAGGCUACUCAGGUGGGAUUGGUAUGGCGUUUGGCCAAAAGGAUAAUGGCUGCGAGAUCCAACGUGACCGAGGAAAACUUCAUAGACGUGGACCCUUGGAUGGAGCAGCAGUCGAGAGACAAUGAUCCCAGAGGUGAACAGCAACAGAGAGCCUCAGGGAGCAGCGGAGUAAAGGAAAGAGUUUUGAAAAUGAAUGCACUGAUUGAUCAACAUGAUGAUUCAGAACUUUUACCUCCAUCUCCAGCUGAUGUAGAUCGAUGGUAUCAGAACUACAUUGUAACUAUGGGGUCGCAGCCGGAUGAGACAGAAGAGCCCACGGCGAACCAACUGGCUGCACUCCAUAAAAGAGUGUUCAUAGAGAACCGUCCUCCCUACUGCGACUUUUCAGUGUGGGUACCUCUAGAGAGACGAAUGAGCAGGAUUCAGAAGUGCAGGGUAUACACCCCUUUAGGGGACGGAACAUUUCUGCAGAAGGACUUGCCAGGUCCGGGCACACAUUCAGCUUGGAAGGCCUCAUGGCAUGUUUUUCGCACAGCUUGCCUGAUGUUGAACAUCUGUUCGAUAGCAGCUUUGGAGGCCUAUUCUCGCCAGAUAGAGAAGCUCAUGGUGCAGUGGCCGAAGACAUGGGGGCUGAUCUAUACAGCCGACGAUUCAGCCAGAGCAGAGAGGCUGGAGAAGUUGCGUCGAAGAUUCACCAUCGAUGCAGGGACUCUGAGUGCAGGGCUGGCUAAGCCGUGGCCCAGCAGAAGUCCGGAAGUCGAAGCAGAGGAAGCAGGGGAGACACCGGCAAAGGAGGCAGAGAGUUCGGCCGACUUUGGAGACAGCUCGUCAAGUUCAUCAGAGGACGAGGCAAAGGAGCCCAACACAAUGGAGACAACCCGGAACAAGAGAAAGCCUGACAAGGUUGAGGCGGUUCAGAACAAGAAGAACGCCGAGAGCAAACAGGCAGGGCCCAGCGGCGACAAAGAUCAACCUGGUGAAGAGGCAGGGCCUGUGACGGCGUCAGGUUCCGGAGAAGCCCAUUCAGCAACUGGGCCAUGGGUUCCAGACAGAGUCAAAAGAGCCCUUGAAAAGAGCAAGAACUUUGAUGAAUUCAGAAAGAAUAGACCAUUCAGGUAUCUUCACCUGUUUUCAGGGGAGAAGGACCAGCUCUCCGUGUCACUGAAGAAGGCAGCGGAGAAAGCCAGGCUGGAGAUCUACGUCGAGAGCUUGGACCGGAAGAAGGACAAGGAGAUCAACUUGGCCGCACCGGCAACUUACGACGAGAUCGACAAGUCGGUGGAAGAAGGAGAUUGGGAUGGUUACCACAGUGGGUUUCCCUGUGGAUCCUUUUCGAGGGUCCGGUGGCGAGACACAGAUCACGGACCAGGUCCAGUUAGGAGUGCAGCCCAUAUUUAUGGACUUCCUGGCAACACGGUGCAGCAACAACGUGAGGCCGAUGAAGGAACAUUGAUGGCAACGAGGUCGGCAUGGUUGCACAGGAAACAAAUCGAAAGCUUCAGGAGGAGGGCGUUGCCAGAAGCUUCGACCAUGGAAAGCCCUCCAGGUGCCAUUAACACUGGGUCAGCUUGGGACUUGCCCGAACUGAAGCAGGUGCUGGACGAGACAAACUCCUCGGUGGCAGAGUUCAACACUUGUGCAUACCAGUCGCAACUGAGGAGGCGAUGGUUUAAGCCAGCCAAGUGGGCAGGGAAGCUUGAAUCACUAGCCACAUUAGCAAAGGUAUGCCGAUGUCCUGAAUGGGUCACACACGUCCCGCUGAUUGGGAAGUCAGCCACAGAAGCAGCAGGGGCUUAUCCUGAAGAACUAGCUGAUGCAGUGGCGAUCAAGGUGGUGGACACGUGGAAGAGGAUCCUGAACUUGGAGUGGCUCAGAUAUCAAAUGAGUGUCAAGUCGAGUGAGGUAAACGAGCUCCAGAUGAAGUGGCUUGACAACGAAGACAAGAGGAGAAAGCGACUCUAUGAAGAGACAAAGCCCGUCAUCGCAGACAGCAUCACACAGGAGAAGAAGAGAAAGGUACCAUCAAAAGCAUUAGAAGCAAAUGCCGAAGAAGAGCAGGUGACGGCGUCAUCUUCAGUGGGCCCCACAAAGAAAAGAACCAGGGAGGAGCAAAAUGACUUCGCGAUUGGGGGCAUGAGAAACCCAGCGAUGGCGGUGUCUCGACUGCACCAAGUCCAGAAGGUGGGAGAACAGAUAGACAAAGCAUGGAGAAGCUUUGUGACAGACUUCCCACAAGCCAUAGACCUAGCCAGGGACUAUGGAUCACGCGAGGCAAAGUUCGACGACAAAGUGCUCAGAAACUGGACUGCCAGGCUGGAAGAUUUGCUGGAGGUAAACGAGCAAGAGGGCAUCACGCUGAAGGACAACACUGAGUUCAGGUCCCCACUGAACUCCUUUCUGUGGGACGCAUGGCGCAUGAAGGCCAGAGACCCAGAACAAUACCUGGGUCAGUGGGCCAGGGAAGGGGUCCCGUUGGGGAUGGAUCAACUCAUCCCAGACUCAAACAUCUUCCCGCCUGUGGAGACAGACGAGGUCCUGGAAGAGCGGACAGACAUGCGCGUCCUGUCCAACCUCAAGAACUACGAGUCGGUGGAGACCCAGAAGCAAGAGGCGGCCAUCGAAAUCGACCGCUACGUCAAAAAAGGCUUUGUAAGGAGAGAGACAGAGUUGCCGGGCGUGGAGUCGCAGAGAUCAGCACUGAAGACGUCCUCAAGGUUUGCAAGCUCAGAGGUCGAAUUUGUGCUCAUCGACCUGCAGGAUGCUUUCUGUCAUUUUGGACUGCACCCAACGGAACUGAAACAUGCGGUGAGCCCAGGCUUGGAGAAUGGGACGGGCAUAGUUUGGUGCGCAAUGCUCUUCGGCUUCAAGGGGGCUCCCUUGAUUAUGGGAAGGUUGAGUGCAGCCAUUGGGAGGCUACUGCAAAGCACAUUUCAUCCAGCAGCGGGUCAGGUCCAGAUCUACAUAGAUGAUGUUCUGCUGACCAUCAGAGGCCCUGAAGAAGAACGGAACCUGCAGGUAUCAAAGGUCUUGUGCCUGUUGGCGGCCUUCGGAGUGCAGGUAGCUACCCACAAAGGUGAGAGGGGGCGCAGAGUGCAGUGGAUUGGUACCACCAUGGAACUGACCUCUCAUCACAUCCUGAUUGGAACACCACCCAAAAUGAUAGAAGAGAUAAAGACCACCAUGGCAAACUGGGAUGACAAAGGGAUGAUUCCAAUCAAGGAACUGCGGUCUUUCGCUGGACGCCUUUCGUGGGUAGCUGGCAUUGUGCCGAGACUGAGAUGGACGGUGACAUCAGUUUAUGCCGUCCUCACCGCAGCGAUCAAAGAGGAGGCAACAGAGAGACAGAGAGCACAGAAGCGGCAAGGAGACAAACGACCCAAAAUGGGCCUAGUGGCCGUGAAGCGUUUGGGCACCGUCAUCCCCUGGCUCAAAGCGGUCUUCGAGGUAUCGGACAUCAUGUUGAUCCGCAAAGAGAGGUUGAUUGAACAUGAGGCCGUGUGGGGAGUUGUGACGGAUGCUUCCCCCAAAGGCAUCGGGGGCCUGCUCAUCAACAAAGUGGCGGGCGAAUGGCUCCCAGUCGAAGCCUACGAGGCACUGGUGCAGAAACAUCAUGCCGAAGCCCUGGACAUUGAAUAUGGAGAGGCAUCGGGACAAGCGGUGCUCGAAGGUUUGGCCAUUCUGCGAGCAGUUCAACUGUGGUUGCCGAAGUUCCAAGGCAAGGCGCUGGUCAUCAGGUCCGACAGUGCAGUCGCGCUGGCAAUGUCCAGCAAACUGGAUUCACCAAAUAGGGUCCUCAACUAUUUGGCAGCAGAGCUAGCUUUGGCACUGGAGAAAGCGGAGGUGCCGAAGCUGAUCCCGCAACACAUACCGGGAUCUCUCAACAAAGAAGCUGACUGGCUGUCACGACCCCAUCAGAGGGGAGAGGUGCCACAGGUGCUCAAGACCAUCAAAAUUCGACGCACGACAGCGCUGGCAGACAAAGGAAUGGGCACCAAACCGCCUGGAGAGGAAGGUAGCAACGGUGCAGCAGCCAUUAGUGGCGGAACGAGAAGGACCACCGAGCAUUCCGUUAGCGAUAUGGCUGAUCCUGGGCACCGUUUUUCUGGCUGGAAUGCUCUGUCAAGCAUGUGUGCCGCGGCUAUGCCAGGUAGGAAUGAAGGUGGGCGGCCAAAUCUACGGCAUGGCAUGCAAGGCCUACUGCUUCAUCGAAUUACAGGUGUUCGUCCCCCGCUGGAAACUACCUACAACACAGAAGGAGCCUCAGAAAGUGCACAAACAUGGAACUCCAAAGCAUGGGACUCCUACACGUACCGAGCUAAGGCCCCAAAACUACCUCAGUUUGACAGAGAUGCGAGUUCCCGAACCAGAACGGGGACCAAGUCAAUCGAGCAAUUCAAUUUGGGGCCCAGAAGUGACAGCGAGAAAGCAAUCGGAGUCGUCAAGAAUGCAAGAGGCGCACAUGAGAACAAACCCAUCAGGGGGAAGCGGAAGAUCAGUCCUGAACGCAAUGAUAGCAGCGGCCAGCCCCAAAAAGCUGUGAGCGAGGAAAAGAUCCCCCAGAAGAAUCCAAGCGAGGAAAAGAUCCCCAUCAAGGACGUCGGAAAAAUGACGCAAAACAGAGGGUGGGUCAGCAGGAUAAAGAGGAGCUUCAUCGAAAAGUUCUACUCGAAGUCCACCUUAGCCACCAAGAACACGAAGCGCAAAAAGAUCAUGGAGAUUUUGGAAAAUAUGGAAGAAGGCCAACUCCCUCUCACUCCGGAGAAGAUCACCACCCUGGCAGCCAUUUUGGAUGCCACAGGCAUGAAAGCAGGAGAUCAAUAUCUGUCAGAAGCCAAAGCCAUGCACAUUGAGGACGGACAUGGCUGGGAAGUUGGACUAGAACGCCAAAUGACCACGUGCAAAAGAGCAAUGCAGAGAGACAAGGGCCCAGAAACACGAGCCAAAGAAGUACGAGUACAAGACAUAAGUGACGACAAAUGGGAAGAAGCCACGGAAGCGCAAGGAGAGCCAAAACGGCCGUCCUGGUCAUACGCUUGGGCCGCCAUCUGGAUGCUGAGAGCCAUUGAGGCAGCUCAAGUGAUGGCAAAGCAUGUCGACAUCGACUUCAAGACGAAGAAUGUCAAGCUAUACAUAGCUAAGUCGAAAACUGACCAAAAGGCCGCGGGAGUGUGGCGCACACUGGCGUGUUGUGGAAAAGACCCCUGUAACAGAGCCUGCCCCUUUGCAUUAGCGGUGAAAGCUUUGAACGAGGUAAAUUCCAAAGACGGCAAUUGUACAUUAUUCCCUGACGCAGAAGGGAAGGCAGUGUCAAAGAUUCACAUGGUGGCGGCCUGGACAAAGUACGUGGACGAGAAAGCGACUGGUCACUCCGCAAGACGAUCGGGUGCAAUGGCAUACGCCAGAGAGGGAACAAGCAUCCAUCACAUCCAAUUCUUGGGCAGGUGGAAAUCAUCAGCUGUAUUCAGAUACAUAGAAGACGCGAUGACAGAGAUGCCGAUGAACGUCACAAACCGAGAGCCGAAGGAAUUGGAUGAAGAGCAGAAAGCUCAACAAGAACGACAGCAAAGGAGAGCCCUCAAGCCCAAAGCGAGAGCGUCGCCAAAGAAAGAAGAUUCCCCCGAAAAGAAAAGGGAACACAAACCUCUGGUCCACGAUGAAGAGAAGGAACAAGUGUAUGCGGUCUCGAAAUCGAGGGGCACAUCCAUCAAACACUUGGUAGGACAGGCAGCAUGGGGCAUCCCUCUUGACAGCUGGACAACUGCUUGCGGAUGGAACUUCGCGAGAAAGAACGUCAAGGUGGAGCUUACAAAAAGGCCCAGCCUCAUGGUUGCAUUGGCUGUCACAGCCCUGGCUGUCAGAGGCUUUGGCCUCAGGCGAUGCUUUACUGGCUCUGCUCAGACGCCUCUGACAGGUCAGCGAGGCCAGUCUUUGGCGUCAACCAGGAGAGUGGUGCCCGAUGCCUUCAGCGCCCUUGGGGUCUCCUCUCAUGGCUUGGCAACCUUUGCAGCAGCCAUGCUUACAGCUAUGGGUGUUUCGACAGUAGCGGCAACGCCUGCUCGAGCUGAAAGUCCAAAGGAUCGCAAAUACAGUCUGGCAGACCAGGUGGCUCGCUUCCAGAGGGCGAAAGAUGAGAAGAACCAGCGAUACUUGGACAUUGACACAGUUUAUGACGGCUCCUGGCUGAAAGGCAAACGCGUGUUGGUGGUUGGAGGUAGCAGAGGCUUGGGCCUUGCCAUUACAAAGGAAUUGAUGGCACAAGGGGCAGAAACCAUCGGCACGUGCCGCGGUGCACCUGGUGGCUUGGAGGGCCUUGGUUGUAAGGUGAUUAGUGGCAUCGACGUGCAGGACAAUGCCACCAUGCAAAAACUGGUGAAGGAUCUUGGAGGCCCAAUCGACCUCCUGAUUCAGAAUGCUGGUUACUUCAUGGAGGGCAAAGAGACCCUGGAGGAGCUGAACGACAAAGAACAACUGAAGCAGAUUGAUAUUUGUGCGCUGGGGCCCUUGAGGGUGACGUCAGCUUUGUACAAAGGCGGUCUACUGAAAGGCGGCAAGGUGGUCAUUAUCACCAGCCAAGCUGGCUCGGUGGAGUGGCGCUUUACACAGAACAAGGGUGAAGGUGGGGACUACGGCCACCACAUGAGCAGAGCCGCAUGUAACAUUGCAGCAGCACUGAUGUCCGAAGAACUCAAAGAGGCUGGCAUCCCCGUGACUCUGGUGCAUCCCGGUUUCAACCGGACUGAAAUGACUUCCAAGUUCGAGGAGAUUUGGGAUAUUGAGGGAGCAGUGGAUGCGUCUGUGGGUGCAAAACGAGUCCUGCAUGAGGCGAAGCGAGUGAACAUGGACACCACUGGCAAAUUCUUCAACGCAGAAGAUGGGCUCGAGAUUCCUUGGUGAUGUGCUGACAGCACAAAACAGCAGCAUUGCUUCCCGCAUCUUCCACAGUCGUAAGAUGACUUUCGAG